UUUCCCAGAUCGACGGUUUGGCGGAGCGCGGCGCAGCGCGGCGCACAGAGGAGCGCACAGUGGAGCGCAGCGCGCAGCUCCGGACGCACCUGAACAGUCAGCGCUGCGACCAGAAGUGAGCUGGAGACCGAUCCGUCCACCUGCUACACACACACACACACACACCUCUGCAACAUCUGCCACGUCGCCUCUGAUGGAGAGAGGGAGAAUGUGACGGAGUCUUCUCUGGACACGGAGGAAACAUUUCCACCUCUUCUGCGUCUCCCCGUGGAGCGAGCGGUCGUGUCGGGGCGCGCCAGGCGACGAAUGUCCGACUUCCCGAUUGUCUCGCAACUCAACUGUGCGACACGUGAGUCGCUGCAAUCGGAGGAAGUGGCUGUUGUUGUCGGCUACGACACAAUGUCCCAGAACAACUGCGUGAGAAACUUGAAGGCAUGGUGCGCGUUGAGCGCUGCGAACGUGCGCGCAAGCUGAGGCAGAUGGACACGAGCGCGACAACUCGCAGGAGACGUGCAGUGCUGCUGAAUGGAUGACAAGCUCCCAGUCACCUUGCCUACCCACUGAAGCCGCCCUCCCAUCGCAACUUACAGGACAGGUUCCCCCAUCAGAGUAGCAGGGAUGUACCAGGAGGUGGCCUUCCUGGCAGGCAGCACUGAGCACCAGUUCACCAGCUUCAGCUUUAAACAUGUAGAGAACCCACAGGAGGUCACCGCCAACAAGGGUGUGUUCUACAAGCGAGCCCAGCUCCUGCUCCACCCUCAGCCCCACCAACAGGGUGGAGAUGAUGGGGCAGCCAUUAUCAAUGUAGGGGGUAUCAAAUACCGCAUCCCCUGGUCAACGCUGGAAGAGUUUCCCUUAUCACGGCUGGGAAAGCUGCGCAGCUGCAGCAACGAGGCCGAGAUCAUGGACGUGUGUGACGACUACGACUGUAGCCGCAAUGAGUAUUUCUUUGACCGAAGCCCGUCGGCCUUCCGCACCAUCGUCAGUUUCUUGGCGGCAGGAAAGCUGCGGCUCCUGAGGGAGAUGUGCGCCAUGUCCUUCCAGGAGGAACUGCUGUACUGGGGGGUGGAGGAGAAAGACCUGGACUGGUGCUGUCUCAGGAAGCUGCGGCUCAGGCAGGAGGAGUUCAAGGAGCAGCAGAGGCUAGAGGAGGAGGACACCGAGCUCACAUCGCCGCAGUCCUGUGAGGAGAGCCAGCAGCCUCCCGGAGCAUGGCCUCAGGAAGAGACUCGUACGGGGGGCUGCAUGCACAGACUGAGGGACAUGGUGGAGAACCCCCAAUCUGGCAUCCCAGGGAAGAUCUUCGCCUGUCUGUCAGUGAUAUUUGUAGCCAUCACUGCUGUGACGCUUUGUGUCAGCACCAUGCCUGACCUCAGGGAGGAGGAGGAGAGGGGUGAGUGCUCCCAGAGGUGCUAUAACAUCUUCGUGCUGGAGACGGUUUGCGUGGCCUGGUUCUCCCUGGAGUUCCUGCUGAGAUUCAUUCAGGCGCCGAGCAAGUGUGGGUUCCUGCGCACGCCUCUAAAUGUCAUCGACGUGGUGGCCAUCCUCCCCUACUACGUCACCCUCAUCGUGGACUCUCUGUCGGUGGGAGGCAAACCUGUGGGGUCAGGGAACAACUACCUGGAGAAGGUGGGCCUCGUCCUCAGAGUCCUGCGAGCUCUGCGGAUCUUUUACGUGAUGAGGUUGGCCCGACACUCCUUGGGUUUGCAGACCCUUGGUCUGACAGUGAGGAGGUGUACACGCGAGUUUGGCCUGUUACUGCUGUUCCUGUGCGUGGCCAUGGCCCUUUUCUCCCCACUGGUGUUCCUAGCCGAAAGCGAAUUGGGCGCCAAGCAGGAGUUCACCAGCAUCCCUGGGAGCUACUGGUGGGCCGUCAUCUCCAUGACCACGGUGGGCUACGGAGACAUGGUGCCCAGAAGCAUCCCUGGCCAGGUGGUAGCACUCAGCAGCAUCCUGAGUGGCAUUCUCCUCAUGGCCUUCCCCGUCACGUCCAUCUUUCACACCUUUUCUCGCUCCUACGUGGAGCUGAAGGAGGAGCAGAGCCGGGCAUCGAGGCAGAAGCCAGACUCGCAGGACAGCACCAAGUCCCAGAACAGCGAGGACUCUCAGGAGACGGACAGCUACCACGGCAUCGCGGAGGCCACCGCCUCAUCCAUGCAGCGGAGAAAGUCCUUGGCUGCUCACAGGGCUGCUGAGAUUAGAGCGCCUGUGAAAACUUAGCUUCUCUGACUGUCUGCCUAUAUGUUCAAGCAGCAGCCUGGGAGGAUGUGACACCCUGCGCUGGGACUUCAAAGAUGACAGCAGCAGGAUUUUUUCCCUCUGGAGCUUCAGGUCUCUGCUUUGAUCAGUGUAUCUGAGUUUCCUGAAUUUUACAGAGCUGCAGAGGUCUGACUUUAAAAGAUGGAAGAUGAUACAAUAUUCAUGAUUAAACAACUCAAUUCUUAUGAUAUUGACAAACUGAUAGAGACAGUUUCUGACUGCGAUUCAGGCCAAGUCUGGGCAAAAGGGAAAACUAAUACCAAAACAUCACUUUCAGAUGUUAUUCACACCUCAGACGAAUAGUUUAUGUUUCUCAUGUAGCUGCAUUUGAGAGGAUUGACUUAAAUAAAGGUGUUUGCUGUGAUUUCAGACAGGCAGGUAUUUAUCAUCUCCACUCCCUCUGUAUUGUAUUUGGUAAAAGACUCAUAACUCAUACAAGUGUGACAUGUACACAAGGAUGUCAGCAUAUUUAUUUGCAAUUAAGCAGAACAAAUGAACCAAAUGAACCAAUAACACAAAACUAAUGUAUCUGCCCAAGGGCUCUGCAGUGUGCUGGGAAGUUCUGUUGAUUUUGGAUGGUUGAUACCACUCUCAUCUCUACAUGAAAGCUCACAUGCUGAUGCUUUAAAAUAAUUGUUUGUUAUUCUACUUGUUGCAAAGAAUGAAGCUACUGCUAAGAUUAGCUUAGCUUAUCUUAACAUAGUUUUGGCGCAUGGUGAGGUCAGGUGCUCAGGAAGUUGCUUACACCAAGAAAUAAUCUAACAAAUAAAACCACACAUAGUCAAUUUUACAAUUACAGAUUUCUGUACAGGUUUAACUAAUAUAUACUGUAACUGGAUAAAACGUACCUUUAGAAAUGUUUAGCUGGAGUGAGCCAAGCUAACUUUUGCUUUGGGGUUUCAUGCUAAACUAAAAGCAGCAGCUGUUGCAACAAAUUUAAAUGAAAGAACCCUUGAGAACGGUUUUGAAUUUUCUAACUAAGAAAAAAAUAUCCUAUUUCACAAAAUGUGAGCCUACAACAUAUGACAUAUGGCCAUAUACAACUAGCAUUAUUCACAGUGUGACGUUAAUGUGUUCAGGUUUUGGUUUUGAGUGACAGUUAUACUCAAAACAUUCAACCAUACCUCACAGUCUUCAACAGCUAAUGUACUUUACUCAGUUGUCUUUGAUGUGGCUUAGCUGUGACUUAAUUUAAUAUUUCUCCAAAGAGGAAACCUAGAAUAGUAUUUGACAUUGCAACUGCAGGGAAUUCUGAUGAAAGCCAUGAGAUGCAGAUUAGAUUUCCAGAAAAAACCAUUGAGUCAACCUUGACUUGAGAUUUCUUUGUCAACAGACUAGGGUUUGGUUAUUACCUUGCUAAAGAUACAAUCCCUGUUGGGAAAUCUGGUAUUGUUAUUGAUAUAUAAUUGGGUAUGUUGGAAUCUAUAGAAGAUGAAUGGUAAGGAUUCUGGUUACCCCUCACAUUUCUACAGUGUAUCCAUCCAUUCAUUAUUGGUCUUUGUGGGCCACGUACACCACAAAGGCCGAACCAAAAUUAGACAGUCUGAUCUACUUUUCGUGAUUGUCGUCACCAGCUCGUCUGUCCCUUAUUGCUGUUGAAGUUACGUACCGUUAGCUGUUUGAUGAAGUGUGAUACCUAAGCACUGGAAAUCUCUUGCCAGCGCCAUUACCUCUGAAAAAUUAUAUGUCACCAAAGCGCAAUGAAUCCUAGGAUAGGGUCGAGAAUGAUCCACCUGUGGAUGAGAGGAUGCAUUUGUUGGCAGCAUUUGAAGGAGCCUUUGAACUGGGACAGCCUAGUCGGGCCACUGUUCAGAAUCGGUCUUCAAAUGCUACCUCCAAAGCAUGUAGCCCUUGAAUUGAGAUGCAAAUUAUACCGCUUAUCCUUUAAGGGUCGUGGGGAGGUCAAAGUCAAUCCCAGCUGGCAUUGUGUGAGAGGGGAGGAACACCGUGGACAGGUCACCAGUGUAUCGCAGGGCCAACAUACAGAGACAAACAACCAUUCACACUCACAUUCGCACCUAUAGUUUACAACUAUAUGAUAUUAUCAGUUGUAAAAAAGUUAGCAUUUUCUAAAUUUCGGGAUAUGAAAUCCCAAAAAUCAAUCAAUGUGAGAAUUGGAGAUGACAGUAUGUUGGUGCCUCUCCUUUUGUUGCAUUAUGGCUAAAUUCAGAGUAGCCUAUUUCUUUAUUUUGUAUUUAACAAGUCAGAGAAAUUAACACUUACCAAAAGGUUGAUUAUCUUCAAAGAGGCUGACUGGUUGGAAAUAUUAUACAUGCUCCCUAGGGCAAUAAAAAUAACAGACAUGAAAGGCUAAAGUCUAAACCCAUUUCAGGUGUUGCAAAUAACUUUUACAUUAUUUCCUCAUACAAUUGCAAAUACAGCACUUCAUUUUCCUUGACUUGAGGGCUCUGCACUUAGAAGUGACACAUUAAAAAGCCAUUUCCUUAAAUUGUUGUCAAGUUGGAACCAAUCAAAAGACGUGCGAGUGCCGGAGAGUGCAAAUUAGGUUCAGUUAUUUUUAAUAUGCCACACAGAUUGUGAGGACCUGUAUUUCGUGCCAACUCUGAAUCGCAGUCACUGGAUUAACUGAAUGAUUUAAAAGCAUGAAAAUAUUGGAACACUCCACUAUCUAACUAUUAUAUUUAGGUUUUAAUGAAUUAUUGUUUUGAUGAGGAGUGGAUGGUGCGGAGAGACAUAAUUUGAAUAGAAAUCCAAUUGAAAUGGAUUUGUGCUUUGCGUCAUGAGUCCGUAGCCUGAGGAAGGGCUUCUUUUGAAAAAUGUAAUAAAGAUUAUAAUGAACACAG